AUGCGAUUUCUCCUUCCGCUUAUUGUGAUUUUAUGCCUAUUCUCCACAGUCAAUGCAAAUAUUUUAAUGGAUCUUUGGAACAAACUGGACGCCUGGUUUGAGGAGAAGUCGCAGGAAGCAUGUGCUGAAUGGAACAAGCACCCAGAAGACUCUCAGGACUAUGGUUUCGGGUAUGGAGUGAUUGAUAAGCUGCAGGAUGUGAUCAACGGGACACUGAAGGGAAUCCACUACCAGGCGCUGAUUUGUCGUUUUGGGGAAGAUUCGGUGCAUUUGUUCAAGCUAUUGCUGGAAUUUUUAGAGCCUGAUUUUCGAUAUUGAAUGAAGUUCUUGUGCAAAUUUAA